UGCGCUCACGUACAGUGGGAAAAGACUACAGUUCCCAGGGUGCCGAGCGGCGUUUGACGCGUGCGCAGAACCCUCGCCCGUUAUUUUUGUUCUUGCGGAGAAGAUGCGUAGGGUCAGCAGUCGUAUUUGUUAUGAUGAGGAUGUUCAACCAGAGGAUCUGGAAACAGAAGGGGAGAGGCAGUUACAAAACCUGUUGAAACACCAGCUUGACACAACAGUAUCACUUGAAGAAUGCAUGGCGAAGAAGAAAUGCUUUACUCCAAGUGCUUUAUAUAAGCCUUUUGGGGAGCAAGCAGCAGGUGUGUUGAGCCUGUCACAAUUCCAGACUCUACAAGAUGGAGAUGGGGAGAUUGCUGCACUGAGAGAUCUUGGACUUACCGACAGGGAAAUCCAACUCUGGCAAGAAAGGGAAUCUCUAGUUAAGUUCUCAGGACUCGGAGCAGAUCCAGCAGCAGUGCAGCAGAGACUCCGUGCCAUUGAAGAAAAGAUUGAGGAGCGCCAACGACUUCUGUCAUUGCCACAGAGAUUCGCAGGAAGUAAACAGUUGAAUAGGAGAGAGAUGGAGAUUGAAAAAGCCAUGUUCCAAGGAACUGACCGACACACUUUUCUGAAAGCACUGUACUACCAAGAUGAAAAAUAUGUUAAAGAUCAGAGUGACCCAAUCAACCAAUUGGAAAUGAUGUUAUUAAAAUUCAAAAAUGAUCCAGCUGGAAUGGAAGAAAAUCCAAAAAACAGGCCAGGGUCUUCCACGGAGAUACCUUCCACGGCAACUAGUGAAGGAGUUGGUUUUGGAGAAGUGACUGGCCUGCUUAUACCACAACAAAGUGAGCUCAAUGUUGUUGACCAGUACGAAAAUCAGAACACCAAAAGACUUUCUGUCAAUGUGCCUAUCAGAACCCUACCCAGCACUGGCACCCAGUGUCCUCAAAAAAUUACUCAACAAGUGGAAGCUAUUUCCAUAGAAGAGAUCCGGAGGAACAAACUUUCUGAGGAAGAAAUCAGAAUGAUUCCCAGAUUUUCAAACUAUAACCCUGGACAGCCAAGCAGGGUUCUGUACUUGAAAAAUUUGAAUCCAAAAGCCACAUUGGAAGAUUUGUUUUCCUUAUUUGUUUCUUUCCAACAAAAGGAAGGCCCUCAGCUCCUUUUCCGGUUACUGACAGGUCGAAUGAAGGGACAAGCAUUCAUUACCUUCCCGAGUGUCGAGUUGGCAAUGGAAGCGCUGAACCUGGUGAAUGGCUACAAUCUAAUGGGCAAGCCGAUUAUCAUUGAGUAUGGGCAGAAUCGAUCUAACCAGUGACCUGCACUUUUAGAACUAUGGUCAAUGGAAGGAGUUUCAGCACAAUGAGGUGGCUAAAUACUCAGUCCAAAUGCUUUACAAAUUUGGAAGUGCCCCUGUGCUGCCCCCACCAACCCCCCCCCCCCCCCCCCACCCCAACCCACAGGAAACAUUUACUUAAUUAGUUACAAUGCAUAGACUUUUAAUUCUGGAAAAUAUUUACUUUAUAUAGGCAUUGAAAAUAACCCUCCCUUAUCUGGAUAAUAAAAAAAAACAAGCAAAGGGUAUGGUUUAACAAAAUCACCUUUGGCCUUGCAGUGGUACCUGAUAUGGUACUGGGCCAUUUGGAACAUGAUGGUUCCAAUUUUAGUCUUUCACAGUUAACCUUUCUCGGUGUAAGUUAUAUUUGGAGUACUACAUUUGAAAUGAACUGUUCCUUUGUUAAGAGUCGAGAACAUAUCUAGAGCUUCUGCUCUUGCAGUUACAUGGUUCCAGUUAAGACUACUCAUAGUUGAAACACAAAGCAACAUUAACUUUCUAAUCUCAAAUGAAAAAUAGAUAUUUGUGCAAGGUACCGGUGGCAAUUGUAAAGAACUACUCUGGUAAAGUCAUUGUUUCAGAAGAAGAGGAAAGAAAACUGGGACAGUAUAAUAGAAAGCCACAUCUUUAAUUCAGGAAGACCUAAGCAAAAAGCUUGUUCAUACUCACAGUUCUUUGAAUUGCAUUUUCACACUGAGAUUUUUUUAUUUAAAAAGUUAUAUUUUCUAAAUGAAUAAAUCUUGGGCAGAAAUAUUGUUACUUGAACUUCAUUGGAGGAAAUAAAUCCUAAUAAAAUGGAAAGGCUUUUGAUAUACAUGGCUAGUUGGUUGUAAAGAUCCUACAGAAAACAAGCCCCAGGAAUAUGAAAAUAUAUUGGUGCUUUUUGUAACCAAGUUAGUUGCAGUUUUUUAGCUUUGUCAAACCUUUUUCACUGAGCCUCUAUGUUGUAAGUUUAUCCAGAAAAUCUAACUUCAUCCAUUGUUGUAUCUCCACCCUCCUAAGAAAUCUAACUGUAGACGCGAAAAGUAGAACAAGUUUUAACCAUGCUCAGCAUGUGUAUAAUGAGGAAUAUCUUACACGUUAUAUUUGUGUUAAUUAUUGUGAUUUUUGUAGCUAGAAUUCUGAGUCAAACAGGGCAAAUUUUCUUGAUUAUAACAUAGCAACAUUGGUAAUAGUAUAUGCAAAGGCAAUUCCAACUCACUGUGGUCAUGAUUUUAAGUUGUGAAGUAACUGUAUGUCUAAAAUUGAGAUAGCUCUUUGAUAUUCUGCCUUGAGAUCAAAACUCAAUCAACAAGUCUGUUUUUCAAGUUGCUAUGUGCCUUCCUAUUUGUUAGUCAAAAACUGUGAUCCAAAGAGAUAACAUACUGAUUCCUCUAUGUUCAGUUGGGGAGUGGACUUCAGUUGCCAUUAAGGAAUUGUGAUAUAAAAUAUUAACAUAAGAAUAUUGAAGUAAUCCUCUUUUCCUGGAAUUUGUACUUAUUGCCUAUAAAUCUCUGGAGACAUAUCUUUGAUGCUGAAGAAUUGUGUAUUAAUGGCAUCAUGUUACUUGGGACAUUUGUAAGUGAUAAAACAUUUUGCUGAAGUCACUUCAAAUGAUGUCAUCUGUCAGUCAAUCUUAAAUACAUGUGGUUGUUGGGUAAAAAUGGAUAAUUAACCUCCCAAUCAUGCCCCCACCACCAAAUGGAGGUUGUACACUUGUUAUUCGUGCAGGAUAUAGAAACAAUUGAAUUGGAAUUCUUAGAGAAUAAUGAACUCGUACUUCGAAAGUUGCCAGGAACAUUGUCUCCAGUUAUCGGUCAGUUCUAUUAUUCAGGGAUAAUAAUGGAUAUCAAUCCCAGGUUUUGGCAUGUCUUUUAAUAUUGAUACUGCUCGUGGUUGCAAUGGUAAUUCCUCCCCCCCCAUCCUUUUGUUAGGAUAAUUGUGUACAACUGUUUUAAAAUAUAGUAUUUUGAAGUAAGUCUUGCAAGUCAAAAUAUUUUGUUACUUUGCAUUGAGGGUCUUGUGGGUUUUCAAAGUCAGUAAGAAAGAAUGUUCUUUCUAAGGAAAGACUGUCAGUAAUGAGGCAGCACAGGAAUGUUGUCCUGUUCGAAGAUUCCAUUGAUACUCAUUAGAACCCUUUUGGAAAUUGUAACAGAAAGUCUGGCAAAAAUAGGCAGCAGGGGAAGAAAAGGAAGAGUCAUGUUUGAAGUAAAAAAUCCUUAAAUGUAGACAUUGUAUAUAUUGUCUGGUAAAUAAAUUCAAGGCUGUAACCUGACUUUAGGAACCAGUUACAAUUUCUAAACAACAUUACGUGCCAUUUCUGAUUGUGGAUUUACCUGUUGUGUCCUGUUAGUUAAUAGAUAUUUAUUCAUAAAUGUGGAAUAAAAAUGUUUUUG